AAAACAGCGAGUAGAGGAACCUGAAGCCCCUCGCGCGGUUCUGACCCGCACACACACAUUACUCUGGAGCUGCUGCUGGGUCUGGAUCAGAUCAGCUGCGCGAGCUUCCAUGAUUCUUCGGUAAAGUGCUCAGGUGUUGCUCCAGAUUCCACAGCCGCAUGGCCUGCCAUAACCCACAGUGCGGGUCGCUCAACUGUCCUGAGGAAAACGACGAGACGCUGAGCGAGGAGUCCCAGUCUGACCUUCUCUCAGGAUUUCAUAACCUCAAGACCUCCCCUCACGACUGCAGGAGAAUGGAAGGACAGCCGUUCGGCCACCAACACUAUCCCACGCUCCGCAACCUCUCCCGACCCCCCCAUGAUCACCUUUUCAUAUACAACCAGCAGACGCCUUACCCCAGCCAGGCCGACCCGAAAGGGGGAGACUCGGAGGCACACUGUGACUGGAAUUAUACCAACUACCACAGCAGAAACUCAGAGGGAUCCUAUACAAACAGCCUGCCGUCGUACCUGCCCUCCAUGGACUACCACAGCUACCCUGAACGAGGCAGCUUCUACCUGAGCGGGCCUCACUCCCUCCCGGGCAGACACAGCCCCAGCCUCAACAGCCUGGAGCAGCCCAGAUCUCUACACUCCUUUCCCUCAGGUCUACUCAUGCACUCACACCACGCCAUGCCUUUUCAUGGCAUUCAGCCCAACCCACCCUGCUGUGGACAUUAUGGGCCGUCUCCGCUCCACAGGGGUCAUCAUCUCAGCCCCGGGCCUGGAUACCACCUGCCCUUCAGAAGAGGCCCGGAGCACUACAGGCCCAGACCUGCAGACAGCACAGACAAUGAAGGCAUCUCCCCCAGACCCAGAGAGGCCAGUCCCUGCACCACGCGGCUCUCCCAGGAACAGAGAAAAGUGUUCGUCACAUACGAGGCGGACAGCGAAGAUCAUCUGAAGGAGAUCAUCAAGUUUGUUGCUUUGCUGAGGAACAAUGGCUUCGACACACAUAUAGACGUUUUUGAGCAGCAGCUGAACAGCAUCAGUAAAAUCGACUGCAUGGAGAGAUACCUGAACGAGAAAGAUUACCUGAUUAUUAUAAUCAUUAGCCUGAAGUAUUUUGAGACAGUGACAGGAGCUAACAUGAGCCCGGAGUGUGACGAGAGGACGUCCAACACCGUCUACAUUCACAAACAGCUUCAGAGUGAGUUUAUUCAGAAUGGAUGCAAGAACUUUAGGUUCAUUCCUGUCCUCUUUCCUGGGGCUAAGAAGAGCUACGUUCCAACAUGGCUGCAGAACACACACAUCUACAGUUGGCCCAAAGACCGAGACGAUAUCCUGCGCAGGCUGUUGCGUGUGGAAAAGUACAACCCCCCGCCCAUCGGCCCGCUGCCCACCAUCGUAUCAGUGCCCAUCUGAUACUGACGAUCAGUAGCUCUUCCACAAUUCAGCGUUUGAAAUAUUCAUACCAAAUAAUAUGGAUUUUAAGAUGCUUCACAGUUUGUCUAAAAGCAAAUAAUGUCCAGCCACUUCAUAUCAUAAAGUGUUGCCGUAAUGUGUUUUUAUGGCUGUCUUAUUGAUUAAUUCAGAUUGGAUCUUGAAAGUUCAUAUUCAAAAAUGUAAGUGACUUGUACUUGCCUGUAAUGGCUGUAAUGAGUUUGUCCCUAAAACGUUUAAUUGGACACGUAUCCAAACUGGGACCUAUGGAAGCCCAUUUCUGACACCUAAAAUAAAAAAUGCCAUUUUUUUCUUAUUAUUACGUAAACUGAUAUCUUAUUAUUUUGAGAUACUAGCCUGUUAUUUUGAGAUAUUAAGUCAUCAUUUUGAAAUAAUGUCAUUAUUUUGAGAUAGUGACUAUUUUGAGAUACUAUCUCAUACUAUUAUUUUGAAAGAAAAAACAUUUUUGCAAAAGCAAGCACAUUUGAUAUUUCAAACUAUUGACUUAGUAUCUCAAAAUAAUGAGAUAGUAUCUCAAAAUAAUGAGAUAGUACCUUAAAAUAAUGAGAUAGUAUCUCAAAAAAUGACUUGCUAUCUCAAAAUAAUUACUUAGUAUGUCAAAAUAGUAAAAUAGCAGUUUAUUUAAUAAUAAUAAAAAAAACUUGCUGGAUUUUGUUUGUUAAUUUCUGGUAGCAGGAAUGGGCUUCCAUAAGGACCACAUAUAAAAUGAAAAAAAAAAUCUAAUUUGUGUCACAUUAAAAAAAAAAAAAGUUUUAAACAGGUUUGGAUCACUUUAACCUGGCAAUGUAAAUGUAGCCUAAGAUAUAACACAGUAAUUACAAAGACAGAUGUACUCAGACAUGCCAAAUGUCAUGGGAUUUGCCAUGUCCCAAGCUAAGGAACGCUGCACUGACCUGUGGGAUAUGCACAUGGGUCUCCUGCACUGAGAAUGAAUGUGGCUCCUGCCAGAGGUGCUUGUCUAUUCGAAUGGACAAUUCUAGCCAGAUGCCACCGGUCACAAUCAUUACUACCCACUGCACUGUCCACUGGAAUGUUAAAAGCCUGCACAAGUUGGGAAAUGGAUAAUUCAUGUCACCUUACUAAGCAUGCUGGCCAAUGUUCAACCUCACUCACAAGAUAACACCUCAGAACAUAAACAGGUGUGGAUGCCCCCAAGCCUUUCCCUGAGGAGAUGCUUUAGGAUCAGUUUACAUAAUUCAAUCCCAUAACUUUUGACAUGUCAAUAUAUUUAACCUGUAUUAUCUGCAAUGUUAUGUAUUAGAUAUCAGGCCAGAUUUUGGACAUUGGAAAUUGUUACAAAUCUAUUUGAUUUAGUGAUUUAGUUAAUUUAGAAAAGUGUGUGGCAUCAUAAGCAUUAAUUUCAGACAUAGAGUGAAUAUUUUGAUGACAAAAACCUGUUAAAAAAGGCAUCAAACAUCUUUGAUUCAUUUAAUGAUUUAAUGAUCAUAAAGCAAAGUUCAGUUGA